GACCGAAGGUCCCGUAGAUGGCACGCCUCUCCCAAUACGCCUAAGUUCUCGCGUGAGUUUUACUUCCGCCCUUUUGGCUCCCUGAGCAGCGCCAUGGCGGUCGGCAAGAACAAGCGCCUUACGAAAGGCGGCAAAAAGGGAGCCAAGAAGAAAGUGGUUGAUCCAUUUUCUAAGAAAGAUUGGUAUGAUGUGAAAGCACCAGCUAUGUUCAAUAUAAGAAAUAUUGGAAAAACAUUAGUCACAAGAACUCAAGGAACCAAAAUCGCUUCUGAUGGCCUCAAGGGUCGUGUAUUUGAAGUGAGUCUUGCUGAUCUGCAGAAUGAUGAAGUUGCAUUUAGAAAAUUCAAGCUAAUUACUGAGGAUGUCCAGGGCAAAAACUGCCUGACCAAUUUCCAUGGAAUGGAUCUUACCCGGGACAAAAUGUGCUCCAUGGUCAAAAAAUGGCAGACCAUGAUUGAAGCUCAUGUUGAUGUCAAGACUACCGAUGGUUAUUUGCUUCGUCUAUUUUGUGUUGGUUUUACUAAAAAACGGAAUAAUCAGAUUCGGAAGACCUCUUAUGCUCAGCAUCAACAGGUCCGCCAAAUUCGGAAAAAAAUGAUGGAGAUCAUGACCCGAGAGGUUCAGACAAAUGACUUGAAAGAAGUGGUCAAUAAAUUGAUUCCAGACAGCAUUGGAAAAGAUAUAGAAAAAGCUUGUCAGUCUAUUUAUCCACUCCAUGAUGUCUUCGUUAGAAAAGUAAAAAUGCUGAAGAAGCCCAAGUUUGAAUUGGGAAAGCUCAUGGAGCUUCAUGGUGAAGGUAGUAGUUCUGGAAAAGCUACUGGGGAUGAGACCGGUGCUAAAGUGGAACGAGCUGAUGGAUAUGAGCCACCAGUCCAAGAAUCUGUUUAAAAUUCAGACAUUAAAUGGUGACAAAUAAAAAAUCUUAUUUGUGAUGUUUAA